AAUGGUUACUCAAAACUAAGUCUAGAAAAAAAAAUUAAAAGAACUAGAAACUAAAUUAAAUUUAUUAGAAAAAGGAAAAAAUUAAAAUUUAACAAGAGUUCCACAAGGUUCUGGUCAUUAUUAUCAAUUAUUUUAAAGAGAUUAUGUAAAUUAAACAUUUAUUUAUUAGGUGGGCAAAAAAAAAUAAGAAUUUAAAUAAUAGAAUGAAAAGGAGUAGACUAAAAAAAUUGGUAUAUAAUCUUCUGAAUUUCAUUAAAAUUAAGAAACUGAAAAAAAACAAAAGAAAAUAAAAGAGCUUGAAAAAACUCCAUCAAAUAGUAAUAUUUAAUAGAAAAUACUAUAAGCUGAUGAUUAAUAACUAAAUGGUUUAGAUAUAUAAUUUAAAAAUACUUAAAAUCAAAAUAAAAAUAAAGAUGAAUUAUAAUUAAUUGAUGAAUAAAAAAGAAUAAUGUCAAAAGUAGUUCCUACAUAAAAUAAAUAAUAAGGAUAAUAGGUAUUUAAGUUUAUAUAUAUUUUAAGAUUGAUUUAAUAUAGAAUAAUAAUUUGAAUGAUUAAGAUAAGGAAGAUUCUCAAUUAUAAUAAUAAUAAACCUUAAAUAAUAAUAGUUAAUUAACAAAUGAACUUCCUAAAGAAAUUAAAUAAAAGUGUUAACUUAUUCUAAAUUAAAUUCAAGAAUUAAAAAAUUAAAAUUUAUAAAAUAAUAAAAGCAUUUAUGAAUUAUCUUAAUAAUUAUCUUAAUUUUAAAAAACAUAUUUAAAUUCCAAUGAUACAACAAUGAUAAUAGAACAUAUUGAAGAAAAUUAAAAAGAAUAAGUUAAAAAUGGACAUAUACAACAUGAAUAAAAUUAAAAUUAAAAUGAUGAAUUAUAGAAAAAUGAAUGUAAAAAUUAUAAAUAUUUAUAUAGUAUAAAAUGAAUUAAAUGAAGAAAGAAGAAAAAAUAAAGAUCUAAUUAAAAGUUAACAAAUGUUUUUGUAAGAAUUAAGAAAAAUAUACAAAUAAUCUAAAAUUAUGAAUUUAUUAAUGAAAUCAGAAUCAGAAAAUGAAGAUGAAGAUGAUUAAGAAAAAGAAAUAAAUUAAACUUAAUUUCUUAAAGAAUGGAAGAAAAAUUUAUCAUAGUUGGCUGAAGAAAUAGGAGAAUAUGAAGAAAAUGAAAGAAAUUUAAAAUAAGAAUUAAAUAAUUUAUCAGAGUUAAGAAAAAAAUAUGAUGAUCUUACUAUGUACUAUACAGGUAUCUAAUUAUUAAUCAUUUCUAGAGGCUUAUAAUAGAUUAAGUGAGGCACUUCAAAAAAUUAAUGAAUUAAAUUAAGAAAUAGAAGAUAAAGAAUCUUUUUUAUAAUAAUAAUAUUAAAUGGUUCAAUCAUUAUAAUAAAGACUAUCUGCUAAUUAAAACCAUAAAGAUUAAUUUUAAGAAAAUUCUUAAAAUGGUUAACUUUAUGAAUAAGAAAUAUUAUAAUUAAAUUAAACUAUCUAAUAAUUACAAGAAAAAUUAGAUUAUAUUUAACAAUAAGACUAUUAUUAAAAAAUGAAUUAAAUAUUGUAAGAGAAUGAUGAAUUGAAAAAAAUUAAUAGUGAAAAUUUAGAAGAUUCUUUGAAAAAAGAUCAACUAAUAGAAGAUUUGUAAUAAUAAUUAUUAACAUAAUCUCAAUUAAUAAGCAAUUAAGGUAUAAUUUUUAUAAUAAUAAUAGAUUUAUAAGAGAGAAAAAAAAGAUAAGAAAUUAAUUUAUCAGAUGAUUAACAAUAAGAACUCUAAUAGUAGAAUGAAUUAGAACAAUGA